UCAAAUCCAAGAAUGUUUUAGAACCGUUGCGGCGAUGCUAACAAAACCUGAUGUUACUGAUAAUCAGAAGAACGCGGAAUUAAAAAUCGAAAAUUUAAAAAACAACACGUGUGUUUAAAUAAAAUAAAUUUUUAAUUAUCAGAAAAACAAAAUAUUCUCUAAAGUUCAAGUUUUCGUGUGUUGUGUGAAACGUUAAAAAAAUUAAAAAAAUUUUGUUGAGCGGAGCCAGGUGGCUCAGCAGGGUUGCCAGGUUGAACCAGGUGAACGUCAAAGCGUGCGGCCUCUCUCUCUCUUUACCUGAUUUUCUGUGUCGCGGUACUCAAAAGCAACGUGUCAAUUUUUUCUCCCCAAGGAUUAUUAAACCAUUUGGAUUUUUUGACUUGUGGAAAAUCAAAAAAACUAGUGGAUUAUAUAGUGUAAUAAAAAAAAAGUGAUUGUGAUACAGAAAAAUGUGAAUAGAAGAAAAAUAAAAGAAUAUUAAGUGUUUUUUUCGAAAUUUUGUGUGUGCACGUGUGUGAUCCGCAUUUUCGCAACAAGUGGUUUUUUUUCUCGAUUUCGUAAGAGCGGGAGUGUAUUUUUUCAAAGAAAAAGGAAAUUCCCUCUCUCAAUUCUUCGUCGUGUCGACAAUGGUUUUGUACCUUCAAGGGACCACUUUUAUUGUGAACGCAAGUGAAAUGGUGAGGAGCGAAGGGUCCCGUCGCUUUUAAGAAAUAAAUGCGCCGUUGCCAGGUGUGUCGUGGGUGACGGAAUAUUGUAAUACAAAGUUGAAAAAAAAACACUUGAGAAAUAAGAAAAAAAAAUAGUUUCAAGAAGAACCUUUAUUUUUUCGGUGUGCGCGGUGCAUUCGAGGAAUGUGAGUGGAUAAAAAAAAUGACAACGACCAUGAAGUUCGAAUCGUGGAAAAUUGGAUUGGUGUGAAUAUUAUUUUUCUUUUAAGUAGUUUUUGUGUGUAAUUUAGAAACUUUUUUUUUUGGAGAAGUGGCGAAGAAAAGGAGAAAAAAGCUUGGCAGAAAUAAGUGACAACUGCCAAGCGAAUAAAUAUGAAUGAACCCAGUGAGUGUUUGAGGGCGUCGCGGCCAUUUAGGAGAUUAUUUAUUUGUUUCGUUGUAAUUCUUGUCGCUGGCAGCGCAUGGAGUACAGAGUCGCUCCAAGAGCCACGCUUUGUAACUCAUCCAUCUAGUAGUGGAAAAUUUAGUCCUGAAAAUCGAACAAAAAUUUUACAGUGCCAAGCAAGGGGUCAUCCACAACCACGUUACAGGUGGUUCAAAGAUGGUCAACCACUAACGAACGAACUAACUUCCGAACCUUAUUUUCGAAUUAACAUAACAAAGCGAGAGGACACUGGCGUUUACUACUGUGUCGCGACCAAUGAAGUUGGUUCAAUAUUCAGCGAACGAAUCUCUUUCUCCGUAGCGUAUAUGGGAAUAUUUGAGGAUUUAACGGAAAUUCCUUUAAGUGUGGAAUCGGGAAAUGCGGCAAUUUUGCGAUUGCCGCCCAUUGAGAGUAAUCCAACUCCAGAAGUUAGUUGGUCAAGUUCUGACGGUACAAUUCCUUACACCAUAAAAUAUGCGACCGCUCAACAAAUGCUGAUAAUUCUCAAUGCCGCCGAAGAGGAUGAGGGAUCGUACAGAGCUAAAGCGAUAAAUACUCAAGUGGCAAAGGAGGAAAUUAGUCCCUUCUUCAAGUUGAGAGUUACGGGAGAUUCAAAUGCCGAGGUGCCGCCAACGAUAAUUGUGCGGCCACAGGAUACAAAAAUUAUUAAAGACCAGGGCGUGACAUUUCUCCACUGUAUCGCAAAUUCAAGGUAUCUCCACGAAUUGAGAACUUUAUGGACGAAGGAUGACAUUCCAAUUGAAAAUACAAGAAUCUCGUAUCAAUUUGACGAUCUUUGGAACCGGACUUUAAUACUCAAGUCAGCGAAUUUGACCUAUACGGGAAUUUACACUUGUCACGUUGAUCUGCGAAGUGGAGGAUUCCCCACGAUUAUUGCCAAUGCCAGUAUUGAAGUUUAUGAAAAACCCUCGUUUAUAAACGAACUGAAACGGGAGACAAUUAGCGAAUACGGAUCGACUGUAAUUCUUCCCUGUGAAGCCGAAGGAGUUCCUUUGCCAAAAAUUAGCUGGUAUCGAAAUGCGGAAUCAGUCGAUCAUUUGUUUGGCUCGAGAUACAAUUUGGAGGAAGACGGAUCAUUAACAAUUAAAAAAUUAACAAUGGAAGAUUCAGGAAUGUUUCAAUGUCUAGCGUCAAAUGAAGCUGGUGAGGCUUCAAGUUACACAUGGAUCAGAGCAAAAACUUCUGUUCCUGUAAUGGAUUUGGGACCACAAAAUUCGACAAUUUUGGACGGAAAAGAUGUGACGAUCACUUGCCGAGCAAUUGCGGCACCAGUUCCUAAUACCACCUGGUUUUAUAAUGAUUCGUUCCCAGUGGAAAUUGCAGGACGAGUUCAACUGAUGGAAAAUGGUGAUUUACUUAUAACAGCCGUGAAGGCAAACGACGCCGGAAAAUACACUUGUUAUCGAGCGAAUGAAGCUGGAUCUGUGAAUGGUUCCGCGUUUCUAUCAGUUUUAGUUCGUACACGAAUUUUACAACCACCGGCGGAUAUAUCAGUGACUCUCGGUUACACAGCGGAACUUCAGUGCAAGGUUUCCAACGAUCCCAGUGUUAAAUAUGAUAUUGCAUGGUUCCACAAUUCACAAUUAAUCAACACACGUUCGAGUCAACGAGUGAAAAUGCGUGACGAUGGAACAUUAGAGAUAUUCGCAGUGCGCGCAUCUGAUGUUGGUGAAUACACGUGUUCAGUGAUAUCGCCCGGUGGCAAUGAAUCGCGAACGGCUCGUCUCAGUGUCAUUGAAUUGCCAUUUGCGCCAAUUAAUGUGAUGGCACAAAGAGCCGAGGAAAUUUCUCUACGUUCAAUAAAUGUCUCCUGGGUCCCUGGUUUCGAUGGGAAUAGUCAAAUAAAACGUUUCAGCGUUCAACGUUGCGAGGUACAUGAAUUGGGACCAAUUCCCGAUUUAUCGCCAAAUUGGGUGCGCGAAAUGACAAAUAUCUCGGCUCAAACCAACUGGAUUUUAUUGCACAAUUUGAAGGCAGCGUCGGCCUAUCAAUUUCGUGUGAGCGCCGAAAAUGACGUUGGCGAGGGUCCAUUUUCUGAGCCUAGUAAUGUUGUUGUUCUGCCGCAAGAACCUCCUUCGGGACCACCAUCGGGAUUUGUUGGUUCGGCGAGAUCGUCAUCGGAAAUAAUUACCCAGUGGCAACUUCCGGCCGAGGAACACAGAAACGGACAUAUUUUGGGAUUUAUUUUACGCUACAAACUCUAUGGUUACAAUGUAACGCCGUGGACAAUUCAAAAUAUCACGAAUCAAGAGCAGAGGAAUUUUCUCAUCACCGAUCUCAUCACGUGGAAGGAUUAUGAUGUUCAAAUCGCCGCCUACAAUGAUAAGGGCGUUGGAAUCUUCACCGAAGGCCUCAAAAUCAAAACCAAAGAAGGCGUGCCGGAAGCGCCGCCAACGAAUAUAAAAGUAAAAGCGCUGAAUUCAACGUCAGUGGGCGUAUCAUGGACGCCGCCGAAUCCACAAAAAAUCAACGGCAUCAAUCAGGGUUACAAAUUACAGGCGUGGAUCGGUGGAAAUUUUAGCGACGAUAAUGAAUACAAGGCAAUAACUGUUGAGCCAAAUUUAUUUAAUCCGCUGGCGGAGCAGGCUGCCGUUAUUUCCGAUCUCAAAAAAUAUACAAAGUACAACGUGACUGUUUUGUGUUUCACGAAUCCAGGCGAUGGCGAGAGGAGCAAUGCCGUCGAGAUACGUACCAGUGAGGAUGUUCCCGGCGAGGUUGAGAAUCUCCAGUUUCUAAAUAUCAGCGAUCGAGCAUUAACAGUGAAAUGGAAUUCGCCGAAAGAAAUAAACGGAAUUCUUAUAGCCUAUCAAUUGAAAUAUAUGAUUAAAGAUUUGCCCGGAUCAUUACGAGUUGAAAAUUUAACUUCCGAAAUUCAUUCCGUUAAAGUUGAACAUCUUCAGGCAACGACUCACUAUCGUUUCGAAAUCGUUGCUUGGACAUCGAAAGGCCCCGGAAAAUCGAGUAUAGCAAUUAUUCAAUCGGGAAUCGAACCCGUUUUGCCCGAGCCACCGACGAAAUUGGCCUUGUCAAAUAUCGACGCAUUUUCCGUUGUUUUACAAUUUACGCCCGGAUUUAAUGGCAAUUCUUCUAUUACAAAAUGGACAAUUCAAGCGCAAACGAGUCGCAAUACGACGUGGCAUACAAUUGACGAAAUCUCUGAUCCUGACUACGAUACAAAUACAAUAAACGUUCAGGGAUUGACGCCAUUCAUGCAGUAUAAAUUGCGAUUAAUUGCAAAUAAUGUUGUGGGAAGUUCACCGCCUUCGGAGCCGACAAAACAGUUUCAAACAAUUCAAGCGCCGCCGUCGCAUCCACCGAGGAAUGUCACCGUCCGGGCAAUGAGUGCGACGGAAUUACGAGUUCGAUGGAUCCCACUGCAGCAAAUUGAAUGGUACGGAAAUCCAAGGGGUUACAAUGUGACAUAUAAAGAAUUACGAACAAAUAAAUCGAAAAGUAUUAGCAUUGACGAUCAUACGGCGAAUUCUUAUGUUCUGGAGAAUAUGGAGGAAUUUGCCCUCUACGAAGUUGUGAUGCAGGCAUUUAAUGAUGUUGGUUCAUCGUCAUCGAGUCCAAAGGCAAUUGAAAGAACGAGAGAAUCUGUUCCGUCGAUGGGACCAAUGAAUGUUGUGGCAAACGCGACAUCAUCGACGACAAUUGUCGUUAAAUGGGGCGACGUACCAACGAAAGAUCAAAAUGGACAAAUCGAAGGUUUCAAAGUUUAUUAUGGGGCGAAGAGUCGCUCGCCGUUUCAAUAUAAAAAUAUUCCCAGUAAUAGUACAUUCACAACGACAUUGACCGAGCUCAGGAAAUACGUGCAAUAUCAUAUUCAAGUUUUGGCCUACUCGAGAUUGGGAGACGGCGCUUUGAGCGUUCCGCCGAUUAGGGUGCAAACUUUUGAAGAUGUACCCGGUCCACCGUCGAAUGUCUCGAUUCCCGAUGUUUCGUUUUCAACGGCGAGAAUUAUUUGGGACACGCCCGAAGAUCCAAAUGGAGAAAUUCUCGCUUAUAAAGUUAUGUUUCAUUUAAAUAGUUCCAGCGAAAAACCAUUUUCCAAAGAAUUUCCCGCUUCGGAACGAACUUUCACUGCCACGGAAUUGCAAGCCGAGAAGUAUUACAUGUUCUCAGUGACGGCCCAGACCCGAUUGGGAUGGGGUAAAACUGCCUAUGCACUUGUUUUGACGACAAAUAAUCGAGAACGCCCGCAGCCGCCUUCAAUGCCGCAAGUCAGCAGAUCGCAAGUUCAAAGUCGACAGAUUACCUUCAAUUGGAUUCCAGGACGCGAUGGUUUUGCUCCACUCAGGUAUUACACGAUCCAAAAAUCGGAAAAUUCCGGACCAUUCCAAACAAUUCCGGAAAGAGUGAAUCCAUCGUUGACUUCCUAUACGGCGAAUAAUUUGAAGCCAUUCACGAAUUAUCAGUUUCGAAUUCAAGCGACAAAUGAUAUUGGACCUUCUGCGUGGAGCGCGGAAUCGAGUCAGGUUCAAACUUUGCCUGCAGCCCCAGCUAAAGGUGUGACGGGACUAAAAGUCGUUCCAAUCACAACAACUGGUAUCGAAGUUUAUUGGAACAUGAUUGAGGAAAUUCAUUGGAGCGGCGAUCACGUGACUGGCGGCUAUCGCGUUGUCUAUCAAAUUGUCUCCGAUUUUCCAACUGCAAUUCAAGCAACGCCCAAGGAGGAGAUUAUGGGCAUUAAUCAAACAAAAAUGACGUUGACGGAUUUAACGGAGGACAAAAAUUACGAGAUUAUUGUUGUGCCAUUUAAUUCAGAGGGUGAGGGCCCACCGAGUCCUCCGGUGACGGUUUAUGUUGGCGAAGCCGUUCCAACCGGUGAGCCGCAACAUUUGAAGGCCGAAUCAAUUUCUUCGACUGAAGUUCUACUUCAUUGGAAACCGCCGCAGGCGAAUAUGCAAAAUGGCGAUUUACUCGGUUACAAGAUUUUCUAUCUCGUGACGGAUUCGCCGCAAGCAUUGGAGGGCAAACAAGAGGAGGAAAUUGAAGUUGUUCCCGCGUCAUAUUUAACGCACAGCCUCGUUUUUCUCGAUAAAUAUACGCAAUAUCGAAUUCAAGUAUUGGCCUUUAAUCCAGCUGGCGAUGGACCAAGAACACCGCCAAUCACAGUGAGAACAAAGCAAGAUCUUCCUGGACCAUGUCAUAAUUUACAAUUCACCGAAAUAACAAUGACAAAUCUUCGCGUCUCCUGGGAUCCGCCAAAAAUGCGUAACGGCGAAAUUAUCGGCUACAUUGUCACUUACGAAACUGCCGAGCAAAAUGAUCGUUUUAGCAAACAGGUGAAACAAAAAGUGACGGAAACGAGUUUAUUGGUGCAGCCAUUGGAGGAGGAAGUGAUGUAUACUUUUGUGGUGAGAGCGCAAACAAUUGAUUUUGGCCCGCCAAUAUCGGGAAAUGUGACAACCGGGCCGCAAGAAGGUUCGCCAAUGGUUCCAAGUGAAUUGGCAGUUUCAAAAACUGUCUCAAGUGUUGAUCUUCAAUGGAAAAAUGGCGCUUCCGGCAAGGGUCCGAUUUUGGGAUAUUACAUUGAAACCAGACGCAAAGUCUCAGAAGAGUGGCAGCAUUAUGACACACGGUGGCAGACGAUUGUGAAGAGCAGCAAUGGACCAUUAAAUGAGUACACAGUCUCUUAUCAAAAUUUAUUGCCAUCAACUUCAUAUUUAUUCCGUAUAAUCGCUUACAAUCGUUAUGGAAUCAGUUAUCCUGCAUAUUCGAGCGAAACGAUACUCACACCGUCGAAAUUGUAUUUAGAGUACGCUUACCUACAGCAUAGACCAUUCUACCGACAAACGUGGUUUAUGGUGAGUUUAGCGUCAGGUUCAGUGAUUGUCCUCGUUAUGGUUGUCGCUGUUCUCUGCGUUAAGAGCAAGAGCUACAAAUACAAACAAGAAGCGCAAAAAGUCCUCGAGGAAUCAAUGGCAAUGGAUAUUGACGAUCGUCAAUCGUCCGAUCUUGAAUUAUAUCGUUCGCGACAAACUGGCAGCGGACUGAACAUUGGCAAUGGCUGUGGAACUCUAGGCAAACGUGGAACCCUAUCGAGAAAGGCAAUGCAUCCACCGCCACCGGCCGCACUCUACGGUAAAUCGCCGCCACGACCAUCGCCAGCGUCGGUUGCCUAUCACAGCGACGAGGAGAGUCUCAAGGGCUACGACGAGAAUCCCGAUGACAGUAGUGUCACUGAGAAACCCUCGGAAAUAAGUUCCACCGAUUCGCAAGCGUCCGAAAGUGAAAAUGAAUCGGUACAAUCAGAUCCGCAUUCAUUUGUCAAUCAUUAUGCGAAUGUUAAUGAUUCAUUGCGACAAUCGUGGAAGCGACAGAAACCAGUGAGAAAUUAUUCAUCGUACACGGACUCUGAGCCAGAGGGCAGUGCUGUUGUUAGUUUAAAUGGCGGUCAAAUAAUAAUGAAUAAUAUGGCGAGAUCGCGUGCACCACUUCCUGGUUUCUCUUCAUUUGUAUGAUAAAAUCUCAAAUUUUCUGAGAGGAAGAAUUUUUUUGUUUUUUUUUAUUAUUUCGUUAGACCGCACGGAAGAAAAAGAGUUAAGGUAAUUUUUUUCCUAUUUAAAAGAAUACAAUUGAAAUUUUUUUUUUGUAAAAUUUGCUAAGUUUUACUAUUUCUAGAGAGUAAAAUUGAGUUGGAAAUAUAAUUUUUUACUGAAUUUUACUUUUAGAAAUUAGUAAAAUUUACAUUAACAAAAAUGGUUUAAAGUUAAAAUUGAUUUUAAAAAAGGCGCAAAACUCAAAGAGCGAAGUUUUACUAUUUCUAUAGAGUAAAAUUGAGUUGGAAAUAAAAUUUUUUACUGAAUUUUACUUUUAGAAAUUAGUAAAAUUUACAUUAACGAAAAUGUUUAAAAUUUAUUUAAAAAAAAAAAGAUACAAAAUUCAAAGAACGAAGUUUUACUAUUUCUAGAGAGUAAAAUUGAGUUGGAAAUAAAUUUUUUUACUGAAUUUUACUAAAAUUUACUCUUAGAAAUUGGUAAAACUUACAUUAACGAAAAUGGUUAAAUAUUAGAAUUUAUUUUAAAAAAAGACGCAAAAUUCAAAGAGUGAAUCCGACUAGAGUAAAUUUUAUUCAAAUUUGGUAAAUUUUACUGAAACUCACUUGGAAAAUAGUAAAAUUUGUAUAUAAUCUACGGAAAUGAAAAAAAAAUGAUAAAAAUUAGUAAAAUUUGCAAAGAAAAAUG